AUGGCUCUGAAAAGAUCCUACCCUGCGCUCCUGCUGUCCCUUGUCCUGCUGGGGGCUUGGCUGGCUCUGGCCAAUGGACAGUCCCGGCUCCCGACUAAUGACCGAUUCCUGAGGCGGCACUGGGACAACCCGAAGACCAAAGUCACCAACGAGACCUCUUACUGUAACCUGCAAACAAGUGCCCGGGGAUUACCCAAGAAGAACAAUAUCUUCAUCCACGCGCGCAUUGCAGUCAUCAACAGGGUCUGCACUACGGACGGGAGACCCUUCAGCGGCAACCAACGUCAGAGCAUCCGCCGCUUCCGUCUCACCGCCUGCAAACUUAAAGCAGACGGAAGCACUUAUACCGAGAAACGCUUAACCCGCCGAAUUGUCAUCUCCUGUAGGAAUAGGCUCCCUGUACGCCUUGUGCGGAUCAUUAGGUUCUGA